UACACCACAUAUGAUCUCAUCGGCAACUUGGUGCACGAUGGCCCUCCAGUGCCUGGCUCAGGUACAUAUAGAGUCCACAUUAUGCACCGUGGCACAGGAAAAUGGUAUGAAAUGCAAGACUUGCAUGUAGCCGAGGUGUUACCACAAAUGAUUACGCUCAGCGAGACGCUUCUUCAGGUGUGGGCUGUUAACAAAAGCAUUCCGAAUCCUUAUUUUGUGGACAAGUUGAAGAAUGCCCAAGGCAUGGAGACCACAGGCUCAGAGCACAACGCCAACUUCACUAGCUCAACCUGA